UUUGCCCUAUUAAGAUUUUGUAUUGUAAAUAUUUCUAUGCAGAAGUGAUUUACUUUCUUAGCUUAGAAUAAUAUAUUUACUGCCUUAUCUUUCAGCAUCACACUUGUAUGCAUUGCCUUUCAAUAAAAAAUAUGAGCCUUCCCUAGUCUAGAUCGUCGAAUGUUUAGUGCCAAAGAGUCCUUGCUAAAGUGUUCGGUUCUUCUUCAACAGCAUAGCAAACUAGGGCAUUGCUCUGUUUAAAGCAAGCCCGUCCACCUUCCUCAAAAUUGCAGAGAAAACUGAAGUGGAUGCAAAUGGAGUCCAUGUUGCUGAAACUCUUAUUUCCAUCUCCUUUCCUUAUCAAAGCAAUGUCUGCGGUUCCUGUUGCGACAUUAGGAUAUGUUGGGCUAUCAGAGGUAAGAGGAAAGCACAUGCAAUACUCCAAAUUCUUGAAUAUUGGUGAAAAGAAGCCCAUCGAGAAGACGAUUCAAGUCUCUAGUAGAACUGGCAUGCUUAUUGCUUACACACCAGCAUUUCUUGCCGGCACUGCUUCGUUCGGGCUCUUCCCAAAUGAUGAUCUCAGGUUUUUGUUAGUCAAAUCCACUCUAACCUUCCAUUUCUUCAAAAGAAUACUUGAGGUGCUUUUUGUUCACAGAUACAGUGGAGGGAUGGAAGUUGAGUCUUUGAUUCCUAUCACUCUUAGUUAUUUCACAUCCUCUGUGUUUGUCAUCUAUGCUCAACACCUAGCACAAGGACUCCCAGAGCCAGCUAUUGAUUUGAUGUAUCCAGGGCUUUUGUUGUUUCUAAUAGGAAUUAGCGGUAACUUCUACCAUCAUUGUCUCCUUUCCAAGCUGAGAAGCAAGGAUGACAAAGAAUACAAGGUCCCCAAGGGAGGCUUAUUUGACCUCGUGAUUUGCCCGCACUAUCUGUUUGAGAUUCUUGGGAUCUUGGGGAUCUCUCUCACAGCUCAAACAUUGUAUGCCUUUUCUUUCUUUGUUGGAACAACUCUUUACCUGUCAGGGAGGAGUUAUUCCACUAGAAGAUGGUACCUUUCACAGUUCAAAGAUUUUCCCAAGGAUGCAAAGGCUCUCAUUCCUUUAGUAUUUUGAACAUGUAAAGGUUUAGAAGGAGAAGGGAGAAAUUAGAAUGAAAAAUAAGAAAUCAAAAUAUAUUUUAAUUUCUGUACUGUAUUUGGAAUGAUAUUAAAAAAUUAAAAUUAAAAUGAAGUUUGAAGUUUA